AUGUCCUCCGAUACUAUACCCCUUCCAUCCGACCCUAUCUGGGGUUCCGCCCCUGCGCCCUAUUGGUCCGCCCGAUCCUAUUCCUACUCCCUCCGCUUUUCUGACCCGCUCGGUUCCUUCAGUUCCGCUCGUGUUGCCCCACCCAAUGAUUGGUCCACCCAACUGCCUCACCAUUCUGCUUUUUGGAUCACCGGCAAUCCCUAUACCCAAAUGAUUUCUGAUCCAUCGCGUACAUACUAUUCUCCAAGCCUCUUCUCGUUGGCCACUUCCCCGCUCCUCUGUUCCUCCACUCCUCUGUUCCUCCGCUCCUCUGCUCCUCUGUUCCUCCAUUCCCCCAUUCCCCCACUCCCCCAUUCCCCUAUCCCUCUGCUCUUCCGACUCCCCGUGCAUUGGCCACCUUUCCUAUGCAUUGGAACUGAUCCCCGCACUCUUGCACAUUCGUCCCCUCUGUUCCGCCCUGCUUUGGACUUCGUCCAAGCAGUUCCUUCCGCUCCGCUUCUACUGUUGGUUAUGACUGCAGUAACCCUCAACCUCUCUCCUUCUAUCGGUCCUCCUUCGGAGGACCCUCAUUCUGACGUCCUGUUGCCUGUGACGACCCUUCCUGCACCAACAAAAAUGACCCGGCAAUGGGUUUUGAGUAUCGUGGUCAGCUGGGGGUACCAGGUAUAUCAUCUAAAUGGGAUGCAACCGGCCUCAGAUGAUAGGGUAGAGAAACUCCUCCAGGACCACUCAAAUGUAUCUGGGAGCUACAAUUGGGAGGGUUGGCUGAAGACAGCAACCCCCAUCAUGAAAGGCUUACAUGGGAACAUGCAUGACCCCAUAAAGCACCCUCUGGAUUGGCAAUGCAUAUUGCUAGAGUCCAACCUCAGCAGGAAUCCACCAGCACCUAUGGUGGAAUCCAACCUGGCCAGCUGGCAAUUAUGUUUGGAGACCAUGAUUAAAGAGCUGGAUAAGCGUCAGCCUGGUAGUUCCCCUGAGGUGCCCAUGGAGGUGGAUCCCCUGACCAUCCAACCAAGCUUAUUCAAGCAUCCACAUUCCCCUGAUGUAGCUAAGUCCUCCCAAAACAAAAGAAGUCAACUACCUGAGGUAUGCCUCCAGAAUCUUCAUCUUAUCCUUAUUAACUGGUCUCCAGGAAAUAUCAGGUUUCAUCCAGGUGUCAUACAUCCAAGAGGACAGGCCCUCCUAGCUAUGCAGCCAGGGCAGCCAAUAGCUUCAGGAUCUUUGUCUGGGAAUGUCAGUGAGCCCAAUGUCCCCCCAGCUCCUUCUUCAAAUACCUUGAGUGAAAAUGAGCUGUGGGAGCCAAUUGAAGAAGGGGUUGAGAUGUAG